AUGCCGGUGGACACCAGCGUAACGGGCACGCUGCAGGAGGGCCCGGCCAACAGGGCGAUGGCCCUCGCGUUGAGCGCCUUUAAGGGGUCAGGCUCCGGCUACAAGGGUCUCGCGAUGGCUACCGCUAGCAAGCUGAUGGCCGAGGUCACCCGGGAGUACGAGCUGUGCAUGUCCUCGCUGGUCUUUGACAGCAACAUGAUGAACGAGGCCAACAUCCAGACAUACGUGCGACUGAAGUUGCCACCCCCCACCCCCCCCAAGCCUGUACCUGAGAUGGCCGUCGUCUCCACUCCCCCGCAUGACUUCAGAGGAGUCUCUGAGGUGUUUCGACGAUCCACCUUCAUGACGUCAUCGGCCGCGCUGGCGGCGGCGUUGGGGGUGACGGGCGAGUGCCUCUGGCUCACCGGCGUUCGCGCCCUGACGACAAUCCAUCCGGAGCCCCUUCGGCUGGAGGCGUUUUCGCGCUGCCAGGGGGACGCCCUCAUGCGCGCCAAGCGGGUUGUGCGGGAGGAGUGGCCCCAGAGGGUGGGGUCGACCAUUCACGUCGCUCUGCGGCGGCAACUACCCGAGGACGGGAACGCCUCUCAGCGAGCAGGCGUAGGGGGUGGAGCUGCAGCGGAAGCCCAAUCGCUCGAUCAGGGAGCUACUAGCCCAAAAGCCGGUGGGGGUAGAGGUGGGGGGGGCGGGGACGGGACCGGCGGCGGCGGCGGCUGCGGCAAUGCGCUAUCUCGACCUCGGUUUGACAGCUCCAUCUCAGUGAUGGAAAACUUCGAGGUAUCGGAGAUCAGAAGUCUUUUGCGAUGGGCGAACUACUGCAUGACGGAUGCCUUACAGACGCUGACGCGGCGCACGUUGGAGGAGUUCUCGGACUACUUGCUCAAGUGUUGCAGCUGCCAGGUUGAAGUCAAGCAUAUGAACGAUGUCAUAGUCACCGAUCAAGGAGAGGGAGCCAUGCGCAGAGGCACGACGCCUCCCCUGUUCAAGGUUGACAUCAUCCGAUCAACUGGCCGACACGUGCUGAACGUGUCCGAAGUGAAAGAGGCAGAGCGACGGAUUGCGGAGUGGCGGGCAACGCCGGAAUCAAGGGAGGACGGCGCAGUUUGUCCAAUUGCGGAGGUGCCCGACGUGCGCGGUCAUAUCCCCGAGGUAGACACGCCCCUCGAGGACUUUCGAUCGGAGGCCUUGAGAUGUUACGACGGCACUUUGGCAAGGGUCGCCGGCAUCCACCAGGUGCAACGAUUCGUGAUGGAUCGACUCUUCUGGCCAGACCCACAGUUCAUGUCCGUGGCCGGGCCGGACGAACCGUGGGUGGUGGAUCUUCGGGGCCGAGCAGAGGAAGUUCUCGAGGCCGCCAUUGUCCCCCUAAGGGACUAUCUCAAGCUCUUUGACCGGUACGUCGACUUCCUCAACCUCGACGUCGAGGCGUACAUGGCGUCGAUGACCCACACGAGCAAUGACGGCGGCGGUGGCGACGGCGACGACGACGAGGAGGAGGGCCUUGGAGUCGCGACCGUCAACCUGGCCGCGCUCAGGGCAGUCUUGACCAAGCACCAGACCGCUGAAACCGAGAUCCGCGCAGACGUUCCAAACAGUCCCGUGGAUUGCGGCCUCUUCGCGGUCAAUCCUUCCAGCAUCCGGAGUCACCUGUUGACGAAGCACCGUGGGAUAGCUCAGCGGCUGCUGGUGGAGCAAAGGACCCACUGCGAGACGCUGGCGUCCGCCUGCUGCGCCAAGUUCCAGUCGGUGCUGGCAUGGCUGCAGAAGAAGCCGAAGGACAUCGAGGAGGUCGCCCAGCUGGAAGAGUACAUGAAGACGCUAGACACGAACCUGGCGCCCCUUUCCGACGCCCUUGGGACUAUGAUGGAGUGCAAUGAGCUCCUGGAAGAAUUCAGCUACACGGUGCCACUGGAGCACUCAAACGACAAGUGGGUGGCCUUCGCCUGGCCUCAGCGGAUAGCCCAGCAGUGCGAGGACACGGAGGCUCUUCUUAAGCAGAGCAGGGGGUUGUUCCAAGAGGAGAUGGAGAGCGAGCAGGAGCGGUUCACGCACACGAUGGACCUCCUCGAGCUGGAGGUGGCUGGGCUCGAGCAGCACGAGGACCUGGCCUUAGUCGACAGAGUUUCCAAGCUGGUCGGAGAAAUAGCCGGCAGGAUCUCGGACGCGGAGAACAAGUCUCGGCUGUUCCAGUCCCGGGAAGGGCUCUUCGGCCGCGCGCCCACGGAGUACGACCAGAUCCUCCGCGUGCGGAAGGCCGUGGAGCCGUACGUCAACCUCUGGACGACGGCGAAGGAGUGGACGCUCAGCUACGAGGCUUGGACGAAGGGAUCUUUCCUGGCGAUCGAUGCGGCGACUCUCGAGGCCGAUGUCGAAAGGCUGGGGACGGCGAUCCAAAAGGCCUCCCGCGUUUUCGACAACACCGGGAAGGUGGCGCAGAGCAAUAUCUGCAACGUCAUCAAGGACAAAGUCUCGGCCUUCCGGCCGAAGGUUCCAGCCAUCGUGGCUCUACGAAACCCGGGCAUGAAGCCGAGGCACUGGGAGCAGCUGAGCGACAAGUUGGGCUACUCGCUGAACCCCGACGAGAACUACACCCUCGAGGAGCUCCUGGAACUCGACCUCGAACCUUACCAGCCCCAGAUUGACAAGGUGUCUGAAUCGGCGGCAAAGGAGUACCAAAUCGAGGAGGCCUUGACCAAGAUGGAAGACGAAUGGAAGGACAGCCGGCUCGAGAUCGUGGGGUACCGCGAGACCGGCACCGGAAUCCUCAAGGGAGUCGACGAGAUCAACACCGUACUAGACGAGCAGGUGACCAUGACGCAAGCGAUGCAGUUUUCGGCGUUCAAGGGACCAUUCGCCGAAAGGAUCGACGUAUGGAACGGCAAGCUCUACAUGGUAUCCGAGGUUUUGGAAGCGUGGCUGUCGGUGCAGCGAAACUGGCUUUAUCUUCAGCCAAUCUUUGAAAGCCCGGAUAUCAACAAGCAGCUUCCCGCGGAAGGUAAGAAAUUCGCCAUGGUGGACAAGAACUGGCGGCAGACUAUCUCGAGCGCCAAGAGCAACAGCAAGGUCAUCGACUUCUGCAACAGCCCCAAGCUGCUGGAACGGUUCAAGGAGGGGGCACAGCUGCUAGACGAGGUCCAGAAAGGGCUAAGCGACUACCUCGAGACCAAGCGCUCGGUGUUCGCGCGGCUGUACUUCCUCUCCAACGACGAGCUCCUCUCUAUCCUGUCGGAGUCCAAGGACGUUCACAGGGUGCAGCCCCAUCUCAAGAAAUGCUUCGAGGGUAUCGAUAAGGUUGUCUUUGAUCGUGAUUUGCUGAUAACGCACAUGGUCUCUCCCGAGGGGGAGUCGCUAAAGCUCAUCGAACCGAUCGACCCCAAAGGGCAGAACGUCGAGGCUUGGAUGCUGGAGCUUGAGGGCAAUAUGCGACUCACGGGAAAGAAGAAGCCAAGCCCGGUACUCUCUGACGUUCAGGUGCGAGACCACAUGCACCGGGCGAUUCAAGACUACCUAUGCUCCGGGCGAUGCGAGUGGAUGCAGAAGUGGCCCGGCAUGUGCGUCCUGAACGCCUCGCAGCUGCACUGGACCUCGGAGACGGAAGAGUUGCUGCUCGAGCAGGGUGGAGAAGCGCCACAGACGAUGCUCACAAGACAGUUGGCGCAAUUGGAGGACAUGGUGAUUUUAGUCAGAGGAAAGCUGUCGAACAGCGCAAGAACGACGGUGGGAGCCCUCACGGUCAUCGACGUGCACGCUCGGGACGUCAUGAUCAAACUCGCCUACGAAAAGGUGUCCGAAAAGUCUGAUUUCUCCUGGACGAGCCAGCUGCGGUACUACUGGGACGAAGGUGAUCUCUGGGCGGAGAUGGUGGCAGCGAGGCGACCGUACGGGUACGAGUACCUUGGGAACUCUUUCCGGCUCGUGAUCACACCGCUCACGGACAAGUGCUACCUGACGCUCAUGGGCGCCCUUCAGAUGAUCCUCGGUGGUGCUCCCGCAGGGCCUGCGGGAACCGGGAAGACCGAAACGACCAAAGAUCUAUCCAAGGCCCUGGCGAUGCAGUGCGUGGUGUUCAACUGCUCCGACGGCCUCGACUACAUCGCCAUGGGCAAGUUCUUCAAGGGCUUGGCAUCGUGCGGCGCUUGGGCCUGCUUCGACGAGUUCAACCGGAUCAAUAUAGAGGUGCUGUCCGUGGUGGGCCAGCAAGUCAUGACCAUCCAACAGGCCCUCAAGAGCGGCAACCCGCGAAUUUCGUUCAUGGGCAGCGACAUCAUAGUCAAGCCCGGCUUUGGAGUGUUCAUCACCAUGAAUCCUGGAUACGCGGGGAGGUCGGAUCUUCCCGACUCCCUGAAGGCCCUGUUCCGACCGGUGGCCAUGAUGGUGCCCGACUACGCCCUGAUCGGGGAGAUCAUGUUCUUCGCCUACGGCUUUGCUCAGGCCAAGGAGUGCGGCGCGAAGAUGGUCACCACGUUCAAGCUUUGCUCGGAGCAGCUUUCUGCCCAGCCUCACUACGACUACGGCAUGCGAGCGGUAAAGACGGUCAUCACGGCCGCCGGAAACUUGAAGCAGGCGGAGCCCGACGGCGAUGAGAUGGUUCUCCUACUGAGAGCUCUCCAGGACGUUAACUUCCCCAAGUUCCUGGAGAUGGACUUACCGCUCUUCGAGGGCAUCAUCUCCGAUCUCUUCCCGGGCAGAAAGCGACCCGUGCUGGACUACGGCGACCUGAACAGCGUCAUGAAGCUGGUGAUCCAGGCGAAGGGCUUGCAGCCGCACCCCUUCUUCACAACAAAGGUCAUACAGCUUUACGAGAUGAUCGUUGUGCGGCACGGGCUCAUGCUUGUCGGGCCGACGGGGGGAGGAAAGUCUUCGAACCUCCACGUUCUCGAGGAAACUUUGUCCCGUUUGAAGAAAAUGGGGAAAGAGGGCUUCGGCUACGAGAAGGUUAUCAUCUACCAGCUCAAUCCAAAGAGCAUCACGAUGGGACAGAUGUACGGCGAGUUCGACCCAAGCACGCACGAAUGGCAGGACGGAAUCAUGUCCACGAUGUACAGGCUGGCAGCGUCCAGCCCUACUUCGGACAGGAAGUGGGUUGUCUUUGACGGACCAGUCGAUGCCAUCUGGAUCGAGAACAUGAACACCGUUCUCGAUGACAACAAGAAGCUGUGCCUGAAUUCAGGGGAGAUCAUCAAGAUGUCUCCUGAAAUGACUAUGAUGUUCGAGGUCGAAGACCUCACUGUAGCCUCUCCGGCCACCGUAUCUCGGGUGGGAAUCAUCUACAUGGAGCCUAAAGGCCUGGGGCUAGACGCGCUCUGUCAGACGUGGCUCGCAACCCUGCCGUCCACGCUUCCGCAGGACAUCAUUAUCCAGUUUUCCGCUCUCUUCGACACGUACCUUAGCUCAGGCAUUGCUUGGGUUCGGCAGUGGUGCCGAGAGGUGGUCCCGACCGUCGACAACAACCUGGCUCAGAGCCUGAUGCGACUGCUAGACUGCUUCCUGGAGCCGUUUCAAGAGGUUGAAGGCUCCGCACCGCCGAGCCCUAAGGCGCUCAAGGCUUUGGUGACCCACGUGGAAGCGCUAUUCUUGUUCGCCUUCGUCUGGAGCGUGGGCUGCACCGUCGACCAAGCGGGGCGGAGGCAGUUCGAUGCCUGGCUCAAGUGCGAAACGGCCAGCAACACCAGCCCCUGGCUGUUCCCCAAGGAGGGCACCGUAUACGACUACGUCUUCGUGCCGGAGAAGGGCGACAAGGGAGAGUGGGUCCCAUGGAUGUCCACAACCGAGGCUUACUCCGUCGAUCCCAAGCUUCAGUUCAACGAGAUCAUCGUGCCCACAACUGACGGUGUCCGCAACACCUUCUUGCUCGACCUCUUGAUCCGCGGAGGGAAACACGUGUUGACUUGUGGACCCACGGGGACCGGAAAAACCGUCAACAUCGCGCAGUACCUCAUGGGCCAAUCGUUUGUCGGUGGAAGGUGUGUGGAUGCUUCGGUGUCUCCGUUCACCAUCGCCUUCUCGGCGCAGACUUCGGCCAACAUGACCCAGGAUAUGAUGGACGCCAAGAUGGAGAAGCGAAGAAAAGGGGUCUUCGGCCCCCCCGCCGGGAAGCAGUUCGUCGUGCACGUAGACGACCUUAACAUGCCUAAACAGGAGGAAUAUGGAGCUCAGCCACCGAUCGAGAUCCUUCGGCAGUGGUUUGACCAGGACGGGUGGUACGACCGCAAAGAGCUGACCUACCGGAAAAUCAUCGACGUGACCAUGGUUUGUUCCAUGGGCCCUCCCGGGGGCGGCAGGGCCCACGUAACCCCGCGGUUCGUGCGGCACUUCAAUGUAAUCGGGUACGUCGACAUGUCGGACGACGACAAGCGCGUGAUCUUCAGCACCAUCCUCGACAAUUUCCUCUCCACCGGCUUCGAGACGACCUUAGCCAGGCUAUCCUCUGCAGUGGUGGACGCAACGAUCGAGGUGUUCAACACCAUCACGAGGGAGCUGCUCCCCACGCCCCAAAAGAGCCACUACACUUUCAACCUUAGAGACAUGGCCAAGGUUUUCCAAGGUAUGCUCAUGAGCAGCUACAAGUCCGUGACGACGCCGGAGAUGCUGGUCCGCCUGUGGUGCCACGAGAGCAAGCGCGUAUUCGAGGACCGGCUGAUCAACGCCGAGGACCACGCGUGGUUCAAGGACCUCCUCAAGGGCAUCGUGACCAACAACUUCCAGAUGGAUUGGCACGACGUGGUCCCCCAGGAGCGCUUGAUCUACGGAGACUACAUGAUACCGGGAGCCGAGCCCACUGUCUACGAGGAGGUCCCGGAUUUGGACAAGCUCACGUCGACCAUCAACCAGUACCUCGUGGACCACAACGGGGAGUCCAAGCAGCCGAUGCCGCUCGUCAUGUUUCUGGACGCGAUCGAGCACGUCUCGAGGGUCAGCCGCAUCCUGAGACAGCCUCAGGGAAACGCUCUGCUCUUGGGGGUGGGCGGCUCCGGACGUCAGUCGAUGACGAAGCUGGCCACCUACAUCGCCGGAUACGACCUCUUCCAGGUGGAGAUCAGCAAAGGAUACGCCGUUUCGGACUGGAGGGAUGAUGUUAGGAGGUGCCUCCUCGGAGCCGGACUAAAGAACAAGCCCACUACAUUCCUCUUCAGUGAUGUGCAGAUCGUAAACGAGGUCAUGCUGGAGGACAUCAACAACAUCUUGAACGCCGGAGACGUCCCGAACCUGUAUGCCCCCGAAGACCUCGAUGCCAUCAUGUCCACCUGUAGGGUGGACUGCCAGAGGAAGCGGAUCCCUCCCACGAAGGUCAACAUCUUCGCCCAGUACGUGACGAGGGUGCGCUCGUGCAUCCACCUCGUCAUAUGCAUGUCACCCAUCGGGUCCGCGUUCAGGGACAGGCUGAGGAUGUUUCCCUCGCUUGUCAAUUGUUGCACUAUUGGUAAGAAGAAACUCGCACCUUUUGGCGUGAUUGGGCCUUCGAAGUGA